CCCCUCAAACCCCAGCUGGGAUGAAACAAACCAAGUAAUCUAAAAACAUCGAAGCAUUAAAGUCCAGCAAUGAAGCUAACCCUGCGACGGUACUCCUGGGUGCUGAUGUUCCAGUUUGCUCUCCUGGGAGUGGACCUGUUCUGCAACGCCUUUGGACCUUCCCUGGCGAGGAAUCGCCUGCAGACCGCUAUAUUCUUCUUUGUCACUCAGGACGUCCUCAUCAUUGCGGAGUAUCUGUUGUUUGCUCUAGCCCUGCACUCCACCUGCGUGUACCAGGUGGGCGCCUCGCACAUAAUCCUGCGCCAUUGCAAGCUCUUUUUGGCCAGCAUAACCAUAUAUUUCCUGCUGUCCGCAUCCCAGCACUUCUGGAUUGUGUACCAGUACAGCCAGCCGCCCGAUGUUGACGAUGGUCACCAGUGGCCACUGGGUCUGAUUGCUCUUUCCGUAAGCCAACGCAUUAUGUCGGUUUUCUAUUAUUACAGCUCCAAGUCUACCGCAUUGACCAUGGCGGAUCCUAGAUUUAAGGAAGAGCAUCUUGAUUGGAUUGCAGAGCAGUUGGGCAAUAAGUAAUUUAUGUCACAAAAUAUAUAUUUAUGCACAAAGCACAUGUAAUAAAUGUAAAUAAAGGUCAGAUAGUUAUUGGAAAGGCUAAA